AUGAAUUAUGGGUCUCUUCCCCAACGAGAGCCUGUUGACCAGUUAUUCUCUAAUACAAUUUCUGAUCAACAAAGUUCAGACAAUAAUCAGAUAAUACAAAACAAUAUCAAAGGUUGGUAUUUUUAUUGCUUCUCUAGUGAGCCCUUUAUUGUUUCUGUCGUAUCAACAUACAUCCCAUUAUUAUUAGAGCAGUUUGCCAGGAUAAAUGGUGUGACAGUGGUGGACCAUUCGAAACCUUGUAUGAAUUCAUCAGAGCACUGUGUUGUACCUCUAUUUAAUCACAGAAUAUUUGUGGAUACAUCGAGCUUUCCAUUAUACACAUUUUCAUUGUCUGUUUUAAUACAGACUGUUGUAGUCAUAACAGUGUCUGGGAUUGUCGAUCAGUGGAAUUCUAUUAAAUUAAAAGGUAACAUUUUAGUGAUUUUUUCCAUUGUGGGUUCCUUUUCAACUUACACAAUAUCUAGAUUGAAUAACACACGAAUAUAUUCAUUACCGGCUUUAUAUAUCGUAGCAAAUUCUUGUUUUGGCGUCAUUAAUGUAGUAGGGAAUUCUAUGUUACCCGUAUUCGUUACCAAAUCAAUACAGAAUGAUAAAAGUGUAGCUCACGCACCCAAUAAAUCAGUAUUACAAGAUAAACUAACAAAUGUAAUAAGUGGCCGAGGUGCUAGUUUAGGUUACUUAAGUGCACUUUUGGUCCAAAUUAUUUCAAUGUUUCUUAUAAAUGGCAGUAGGUCAAAACAGGACAUUCAAUUGGCAAUUGCAUUUGUUGGAAUAUGGUGGAUUAUGUGGCAAUCACCUAUGUUUUGGUUAUUUCAGGAUAUGCCUCUUACUUAUUUCAGAAAUAUAGGUACAGAAAAUAUAGUAACGUCUUCCGUUGAUACGUCACUAUUAAGGACUUCGCAAUUAGAUACAAAUAGAGAAUAUGUUUUAAACAAACACACAAAUUGGGGAAUUUUUAGUUAUGGCUGGAUAUCACUAUGGGAAUCUUUUAAACACGCAAGACUCUUGAAAGAUGUUAUGAUCUUUUUAAUAAGUUGGUUCAUAAUAAGUGAUUCAACAACAACAAUAAAUUCCACAGCUGUGCUAUUCUCUAAAACCGAGUUGAAUAUGACUACAUUAAAUUUGAUAACAAUUAGUAUUUUAACAAUGAUUAAUGCCAUGAUUGGAGCAUAUAUAAUUCCACAAUUUCUUUCCAAGAGGUUCAGUCUGCCUCCUAAGAGAAUUUUAAUAUUCAUUAUUUGUUGGACUUGUGUUAUUCCCUUCUAUGGAAUCUUGGGUUUUUUGUUCCAAAAUAUAGGUUUAAAACAUAAAUUAGAAAUGUAUAUGUUAGCCAUUUGGUAUGGGUUAUCUCUCGGAGGUCUUGCUGCCGUGUCUAGAUCUGUGUUCAGUUUAAUUAUUCCUAGAGGGAAAGAAUCUACUUUUUUUAGUUUAUUUAGUAUAACAGACAAGGGAUCAUCAAUUCUAGGUCCCUUUUUGAUUGGUUUGAUAACCGAUAGAACUCAUAAUAUUAGAUAUGCGUUUUAUCUUUUAUUUACAUUGUUGAUGUUUUCUUUACCUUUUUUAGAGAUGCUAAAUAUAGAUAGAGGGAAGAUAGAGGCUGAACAAUUAAGUUUACUUAAUCCACCAAUUUCUACUACUGAUGGACAAAUCUCAAAUAUUCCUUGA